CUAUAAAUUUCUCUUCACCGCUUUUUUUUUCUCUGUUUCUUCUUCCUCCUUUUCUUUGUCAUCUUGUUUACUAUUUUCUCCAUUUCUGUCAACUCACUCUUGCAUUUUGCAUAUCUAAUCUGUUAAUAUAAUAUUUAAGAAAAAUGGCCACAGACUUGGAAAAGUACACGGAACAGGCCACGCUGCCUUUUUCCUCCUCAGAGCUCGGCGCGUUUCACCGCUUCCAUGCAUAUAACUGGGAUGGAGAUGAACAUUUCCAAGCUGGCCUCAGAACUAUCACUCAGGCACAACCAUUACCACCGUCUCUCUCGGAAUUAUUGAAAAUGAAGCAGUAUUACUUUUCAACGAGGCUCGGUACACACAUCAACUUGGAUAAUUAUCUGUCCUGGAGGAAACAUCUGGAGAAGCCGUCUGAUGACCCUAAUGUUUUGAUCUUCAAGCGAUUCGACGAAUAUGACUUUGAUAACGAUCCUAGAUUUCAGAGUGGACUACCUAAUAUUGUCAGUCAGCUUGUCAAAGAUGGAAAAAGUACGUUGGAUAAGGCUGCGCUUCAAAAGGAGAUGACUAAGGCCAAAGCUUUUUAUUACGCUAGAUUCAUUGAGCUCUUCGAUUUCCCUGCAUACUUGAACUGGAAAGAAUUGGAAAAAUCACAGGAUGGACCUGCCUGUCCGUUUGCACAUCUCUGGCAGAACAAAAGCGAGGGCUCCUCCAGUGAGCUCGCAGAGGACGCUCAAAAAUUCCUGACCACAACCGCCCCAGUCUCUACAGGCGCACUCCAAAUUCACAUCCAUUCACCAGCUACAAAAAACGUCUGGACUGGUGUUCGAUUAGCCAAAAUGAAUCAAGCCAUCUCUGAUGCGAAUGAUAAGGACACUAUCACCUCUAUCUUAUUGACUGCAAACAGCGGAGCCCCUACUCAGGAUCGGCGUGAUCCAGAAUCCUUGAUUGUCACCAAAGACGAAAAGUGGUUCAGCGGAGGUCUUGUAACAAGCGGAUCAACAGAAAUGCAGGAUAAACAAGAUCCCGCAAAGUUCAAGGAGCUGCAACGACAAUAUUUCAGUGUCGUGGAUCAGCUUACUGCCAUCAAUUGCCACCACCAUAAGCCAGUAGUCUGUGUAGCAGAUGGGAUAGUAUCUCUAUCAGCUGCAUACCUUGCUUUUGGUUCAGGAGGACAACGUGUCAUCACUGAAAAUGCAACUCUCUCAUUUACACCUUUGAAAGCGAUCGAGCUUCCACCUAAUGAAGCUCUUAAUCCCUUUGCAGGAUUGCAUCUACUUGCUCAGAUUCAGACACAUGCCAAGUCUGACAGUGGCGCUCGCUCGCUACCCAAGAAUAUUGGUCAUUAUCUCGCAUUCUGUCCGGACAAUAUCCUCCGCGGACCAGAUUUGCGCAAACUUGGGUUGGCAGAUUUUUUCAUUUCAUCCUCAAAGAAAAAUGAUAUUGAGAAAGCUGUACUUUCUGUUGCGGGAUGCCCACCUCCACACACAGUACAGGCUAUCCGAAUGGCUCUCAACGCUGAGGUCGUGUACCCUGGUCCUCCAAAGAUUGAUGUUUGGCGAUCUGAGAUCAAAGAGUGCUUUGAUGAUGCGGCUUCCUUGGAUGAUGUUGUCACCAAGUUGGAGAAGUACAACAACAAUUGGUCAAAAUCCAUCCGAGAAUAUAUCGCAUCAUUGGAGCCUGUCUUUGCCAAGCUUCUCUUUGAGGCUAUUACUAAAGCAUCUGAAAUGGCCUCUUUCCAAGAACGUGCACGCCUCGAAUACCGACUGAAUGUGCGUUAUAAGGAUUAUCUCUUAUCAAAAGAUACAACUGCUGAGGAUGAUAUCAAGGACUUGCAGGUAUUCUUUGAACCGAUUGAAGAGGAGGAGUCAGAGUUAUUCACAUUCCCCUUUACUGAGUGGAUCAAAGAACAUGGCAACGAAAAUGAAUUCACGAAUACUGUCAAGACGAACGGUAAUAGUAUUGAAGAGCAGGAUGCUACACAAGCCUGCCCAUAUCUUCGUUCUAAAACUGAUGGUGACAGGCAUACUGCAAUGCCAUCUGAUCAUCCGACUAUUAUAACCGGAGCUGAACUUAAUGAUCCAGAGGCUGUGAAGACAUGUCCAUUUUUAUCUGCGAAAAAAUCGGGGCAGGACUCGACAGCAUCAAAUAGUACAGGUGUCGGUGUGCCUGAUGAUCAUCCAAAAAUCCCGGGUGUAGACUUUUCAGAUGCGAAGGCAGCUGAGGCAUGUCCAUUUUUGGCUGCAAAAAAGGCCCAAGAUGAUGAUGAGAAGAAGGAUCUGCAGCCCGUAACAGCUACGACUAGUCCUACCACUGUUACUACGGCGGUAUCCUCUACAGUUCCUAAUGACCACCCUGUGAUCCCAGGUGUUGACUUUUCGAAUCCAGCAGCCAUGGCUUCGUGUCCAUUUUUGGCCUCACAAAAAACCAAAUAGAAC